AUGGCCGAGGACACUUCAAGUGGUGGUUGGAGCACUAUUGAGUCAGAUGAAGGCGUCUUCACAUCUCUUAUUGAGCAAUUGGGAGUAAAAGGUGUGCAGUUUGAAGAGUUGAUAUCACUGGAUGCAGACUCCAUACGUGCUUUAAGUCCAGUCUUUGGUGUUAUUUUCCUCUUCAAGUGGAUCGGCUCCUCUUCGGAAUCUAAAGGAACCCCACAGGAUGGCUCGUACGACCCUGAGGUAGUUGAAGAUGAUGGUCUCUUCUUUGCGGCCCAGACCAUACAAAAUGCAUGUGGGACGCAAGCAAUCCUCUCUGUGGUGCUCAACAACGACAGCUCCACCGAUCCAACCUCGUCAGGAGCGGAUGCUAGUCGUGCGAUAAUAGACAUUGGACCAUCAUUAAAAGAAUUCAAGGAUUUCACAACUGGCUUCGACGCGGGGCUGCGCGGUGAAUCUCUGUCAAACUCAGACCUGAUUCGGGAAACACACAAUAGCUUUGCCCGAUCAAGCCCUUUUGCUGAUGAAACGCAACGAGAUCCCAAUGCGGGCACCGAGGAUGUAUUUCAUUUCAUUGGAUACACCACAUAUCACGGGAAGUUGUACGAAUUGGACGGAUUACAACCAUUUCCCAUUUCUCAUGGCGACUGUUCCCCAGAAGAAUUUCCAGAAAAGAUCAUUCCAGUGCUGCAGCGACGGAUUGAAAGAUAUCCACCAGGAGAAGUUCGCUUUAAUCUGAUGGCUGUCUGUCAGGACCUUAGGAUCAAGGCGCAAGACUUUCAGGACUAUGAGAGUCUUGCUCGACAGAAGAGGAAACGUGCUCAAUGGGACUGGGAGAAUGCCCUAAGGCGUCAUAAUUUCGUUGGAUUCACAGGUGAAGUGCUGAAGGGGGUGGUUGCGGCAAAGAUCAAGGAUGGUAGCUAUGAUAGCUGGGUUGAAGAUGCGAAGAAGACGACCGAGACAAGAUUGAGAGAACGAGCAGCAAGAGGUCAAGAAAUGGCUGGAUGA